AUGGGAGAUUCAAAGAACUAUAUUAUCCAAAUCAAGGACGCCUACAAGAGGUAUGGGAACAAGAAUGUGAUCCUUAGAGGAUUGAACAUGUCAGUUGAAAAGGGAGUUAUUUAUGGCCUCCUAGGGCCGAGUGGGUGUGGUAAGACGACUCUGUUGAGUUGUGUAGGAGGUCUUAUCCUCCUGGACUCUGGAUCUAUCACUGUCAACCUGACGUCACGCAAACAGCUGGGAUACAUGCCUCAGGAUAUUGCUCUGAUGGAUCUUUUCACAGUAUCUGAAAUAUUACAAUAUUUUGGAAAAAUCAACGGAUUGCCUUCAUCAAAAGUUGAGGAGAAAGGACACAACCUUUUAGAACUCAUGGAGCUACCUGCAGAGAAAUUCUGGACUAGAGUCAUUGGAAGUUUGAGUGGAGGUCAGCAGAGACGUAUCUCACUGACUGUAGCUCUUCUGCACGAUCCUCAGCUGUUGAUUCUAGACGAACCUACAGUCGGGCUCGACCCCAUCAUUAGUGACAAGUUAUGGAAAUUCUUUACAGAAAUUUCUGCAAAGUAUGAAAAGACUCUUAUUAUUACAACACAUUACAUAGAAGAAGCCCGCCAAGCAAAUAUGAUUGGAUUAAUGAGAAGUGGAAUUCUCCUGGCUGAAGAUUCUCCAACUAAACUCCUUGAAGAUUUUAAAUGUAACACUCUUGAAGAUGUUUUUCUGUUGCUCAGCCACAAACAAAGUAUAGUGUGCAUUGAAAAUGAAGAGAGUUAUCCGAGUAAAUCGCUUACAAAAAAACCUUUUGGUGAUGGUACAAUGUGGGACAGGAAAAGAUUGGGAGCUCAGAUCUUCAAGAACACUUGCUGGAUCAAACGAAACAUACCCAUCAUGUUGUUCAUGCUGCUGCUCCCCACUCUGCUGAUCAUCUUGUUCUGCACCGUGUACUCAGACUACCUGAGAGGAGUCAACAUUGCUGUUGUCUCCGAGGAGAUGUUGCCAGGUACUUGCAGUCACCCUCCAGAAUCAUCCCCUCCACCUCGCAAAUGCAAACCUGACUCCAGACUCAGUUGUAGAAUCCUUCCCUUGUUCCGGGAAACCACUGGCUACACUCUGGUGGAACACAAGACUUUAGAGUCAGCCAAACUAUCAGUUGCUAACGGUGAAGCCAGGGGUCUUAUCCACUUUGAUAAGAACUACAGCUGGUCAUUGAUAAGAAGGCUGGAUUCUGGACCUCUGUUUACUCCUGAUAGAUAUGUAAAUGCCAGUCUGAUCAAAGUUUACCUGGAUAUGGCAGAAGUGACAGUAGGUUUCAAAAUUCGUAAAGAUAUUAUAGAUGGUUUUGAAGAACUCGCAAAAGUUGUAACAAAAGAAUGUAACUUCAAAGUUGGAUCCACGGGUAGUGUUUUAAAGUUUGAGAAACCGAUUCAUGGGUUCAAAUCCCCGAGAUUUAUAGAUUCUUCAAUGCCUGGUUUUAUUAUUCCAUUCGUCUUUUAUUUGACAACUUCCUUCUCAUCUUCUGCUGUUGUUAGUGAGAAAAAUUCUGGUUUCUUGGACAGAUGUUUGAUAGCCGGUGUCCAUCAUAAUGAAAUUCUAUUUGCCAUUGGAGUAACUCAGGUCUUGAUGGUUAUUGGACAGAACAUUCUAAUAUUAACAAUUGCUUACGUUGGUUUCCAACUACCGAUGGAGGGUAGCUGGUCUUUAAUUUUGAUCUUCUUUUCGCUUGCUGAGAUACAAGGAAUGUUGUUUGGAUUCUGCCUUGGUACGCUAUUUACAGAAGAGAGAAAUGUUACAUAUUGUGCUGUCGGAACUGUAACAUGCUUGUUCUUCACUUCCGGUAUGUUCUGGCCGCUGGAAGGAGCCCACUGGGUCAUACAGAAGCAGAUGAUGUAUUUCCCCAUCAUGAUGGCGGUGGAGAGCUACAGAAGUAUCACAAUCAGAGGCUGGGGUCUGGCAAAUCCGUUAAUACCAGCCUCCAUACUGACUAACAUCGGACUCGUCAUCGUUUUACUUCUACUUUUCAUGUUGAUAAGCAAACAUAAACACGCUUGAAAU